AUGUUCGCCGCGAACGGCGCGUCCGCGCUCCAGCGCCCGCGCGCGCGCGCUCGUAAAGCGUCCACCGGCGUCAACGCGCUGUUCAAGAAGAAGGCACCGCCGCCGCCGCCGCCGCAAGCGCCCAAGAAGUCGCGCUUUAGCUUUGGCGCCAAGAAAUCAUCGCCGCCGCCGACGCCGACGCCCGCGAAGAAGUCCCGCUUCGGCUUCGGCGCCGAGCGAGCGUCGUCGCCGGCGCCGCCGAAGCAGCAGCAGGUGCGCGACUUCGAGUACAACGCGCAAGAGUCGAUGAGCGAGUCUUACGCGCGCAUUCGCAAGCAGCGCGCGCGGAGAAAGGCGGAAUUCGAAGCGAAGGAGAAGGGGGGGCUGAGCGCGGCGAUCUUCAGCGUGACGCGCGCGCUAGAUUUCCAAGAAGACAUCUCCGCCGAUCGUGGAUUGCUGGCGCGCGCGAAGAGCAUGCAAAAGGGAGAUAAGAUGUCCACGGAGGAGUACGGGGCGCUGCGACGCAAAGUCGGAGGCACGAAGGGUGGAUUUUUCGGGGAGAGCGUGGACGUCAAGGGUAAAUACGUCGAGGCUGGGUACGUGGACGCGGAGUCGGAGCUCGUCGGCGAUUUGGCGUACGCGCCGUUUUUGGGAUUGGUCGUCUUCGCCGUGCUCGCCACCACGGUUUGGGUCGCGGCGCAGGUGCCGUGA